ACACGAAACAGAAGCCAAAGUUCUUACGUCUGAUUCUGAACUCUUGCAGUAGAUUUGGUAUUAGACACCCCUAUUUGGAGUAGAUUUGGCAUUGUAAAUAAUAAAAUCAGCAUUCAAAUAAAAGAAUUUUUGAGGUUUCGGUCGCCCGUGCUGCGUAUUGCAAUGGAAAAUAAUGAGUUUGUCUACGAAACCCUAAGUUCCCUUGGCACCGACGAAACGCCCACCCCUCCGCCGCCGGCGUCUUCAUCCUCCGAGAUUGAACCGUACAUUGUUUUGCGCAACCAUAUUUCGCUCUCCACUAUCCAAUAUCCCUCUCCGGAAUCCGCUGCUCCUGACUACUUCUCUCUCGACGUGAACGAGGCAGUAGAUAACGAGACAUCGAUUUCAUCGACUCCUCUGCCAUCGCGCGAAGCCAGGAACACCUCCUCUGCAGCGUCGGAUAGAACUCUGGAAGGCAAUUGGUUUCGCGCCAAUUCUCGCUUCAAAAGCCCUAUGCUUCGUCUGCACAAAGAGAUACUUGAUUUUUGUGAUUUUUUGUCGCCAACUGCUGAGGAGCAAGAAUCUAGAACCACUGCUAUAAAAUCCGUGUUUGAUGUGAUCAACUACAUCUGGCCUAAUGCUGUGGCCGAAGUUUUUGGAUCAUUUGAGACGGGGCUUUACCUUCCAUCCAGUGAUAUCGAUGUUGUGAUAUUAGGUUCAAAUGUAAGAAGUCCUCAGAUAGGCCUUCAGGCUCUCUCCAGGGCACUUUCUCAAAGAGGGAUUGCUAAAAAGAUGCAGGUUAUUGCAAAAGCACGGGUACCGAUUAUCAAAUUUGUGGAGAAAAAAAGUGGUUUUGCUUUUGAUAUAAGUUUUGAUGUUCAUAAUGGACCCAAAGCUGCAGAGUUUAUAAAGGAUGCUGUGUCUAGAUGGCCCCCUCUGAAACCACUGUGUCUGAUUUUGAAAGUUUUCCUGCAGCAAAGAGAGUUAAAUGAGGUUUACACAGGUGGAAUUGGAUCCUAUGCACUUCUUUCUAUGCUUAUAGCUAUGUUACGGACUCAGCAAGAUAACCAAACUUCUCCAGAAUGUAACCUAGGAGUCUUGCUGGUAAAUUUUUUUGACAUGUACGGGUGUAAAUUAAACACAGUUGAUGUUGGCGUAUCUUGCAAUGGUGAAGGCACUUUCUUCCAAAAAUAUAGUAAAGGAUUUUCAGUUGAAGGCAGGCCAUCUCUUAUUGCCAUUGAAGAUCCUCAGGCUCCAGAUAAUGAUAUAGGGAAGAACUCGUUCAACUAUUAUCAAGCUAGAUCUGCUUUUGCAAUGGCUUUUACUACAUUAACUAAUGCAAAGGCCAUACUGCAUCUUGGUCCGAACAGGAGUAUUCUUAGUGCUAUAAUUAGGCCAGAUGCGGUGUUACUGGAACGAAAGGGUGGGUCUAAUGGGAAGCUGACAUUCAAUAACUUAUUCCCCGGUGCUGGAGAGCCGUUGGAGCGACUGCUUGGUGAUCAGCAGGAAAUUUACUGUAACUGGGCCUUAAAUGAUGAAGAAGAACCACUUCCACGUGGAAGUGGAAUUCCUGGUGAUAGUGAUGUGAAAUCAUCAGGACAGAAAAGAAAGGCUACUAAGGAGAGAAGAUCUUCUAAAAAGGUAAAAGGUCAUGGCACCUUGACGGUAGACAGACACGAAAAUGGCUCAGUGAAAGAGCAGAGUGCAAAGAAGCGGAGAUCGAGACACUAUCAAAAUGGUAGCUAAUCACUAAUUUUGGGGACUCAAUUAAAUUUAAUUUUGCAGGAAACCCUAAUUUCAAUAGGAAUCAUGGCCUAGUUGUAUCAUUUCAAUUUGUAUAAAUUUAUUUCACAUGUUUACAAGGUUGAUAGGACUUUUAUGAUAUAGGAAAUGCUAUCAUGUAACUUGAAGAGAUUUAAGUUUUUUGUUCCUUACUAUCUCUGGCUCUGUCCAGUCGGUAGAAGAAUCCUUGAUUUUAUUCAUUUCUCCUAAACCUGCUGGGCUUAAUCAUGCUCAA